GCAGAAAAUGACCACUAUUUCACAACCUCCUCUCCUAAUCUCAUACAAACACGACUCUUCGCCAGAGUCAGUAAUUCCCCUAUAAACGUCCGAACCCUUUCAAUUACGAAAAGAGAGUGAGGAUCCCCUCAAAAGCAUGAGCAACGACUAUACAAAGCCCGGCGACCACCAGCAGCAGUAUGGGACCUUUGCAGGUGGGCCCCCUGUUUACCCCCCUCAGCAGCCGGCCAUGGGGUUCCCUCAGCCGGUAACCCCUCCUGCUGCGCCUACUUACUAUGCCCACGGCUAUCAAGCUGUUCCCGGUUAUGGAGCAGUUGCUGAAGGGAGACCAGUAAGGCAGCCACGUCUUCCAUGCUGUGGAAUGGGCAUGGGAUGGUUUCUGUUCAUCAUUGGCUUCUUCCUCGCUGCUAUUCCAUGGUAUGUUGGGGCUUUCAUUCUGCUGUGUGUCAGAGUGGAUUACAGAGAAAAACCAGGAUAUGUUGCUUGCACAAUUGCGGCUAUUAUUGCAGUCAUUGCCAUCGUAUUUGGUGCAACGAAGGGAGCUGAUGUCUGGUGAUUCACUGGCAACAAAGGAUUGAUUAUGUAUGUGUAUAUUUCCUGAAUCCUAUACAAACGGAACUAUCUGAAACUUAUUUAUUCCGUAUAGUGUGAGCUGUGUCAAGAUCUAUACUUGCUUGUAGGAAUCAGUACAGUUAAAUAUCAAUGUGGAAACUUUUGGAUAUUAUUACCUCUUAUACAUUGAUUGUUUCGCCUGACUCCAACCAUCUUAUGUACAUGGUUUUAUCUAUUGAAAUGGAUAUUAAAGUUA